AUGAGCGGUCCUAUAAAGUGGAGGACUAGUAAGCCGGACUUCAGCGAACUCGAUCGACUCUUCAUGAACGAAAAAACCAGAAAUCACAAGGAGGAUUCUCUUGAAAUUACGGUAGAAAAUUUAGUGAAGACAUGGGAGAUGGAGGCUUCUCACAAAGUACUCGUCAAGGAUUGGAAAUCGGUUGAUACCCAAAAAUUUUGCCUACGAACGAAUAAGGGUAAAAAAUUUAGUGUAGAAAACUUAAUCAAACUCGGAAGUUAUAACUGCUUGAUGCAAGGUCAGCCCCUCUAUGAUGCCAAUACUCAUACUUUCCAGUCCUCUCAUGAAAAUUUUCGAGGGGCAUUUCGAGAUGGAUUUUCUUGGGAAGUCCUCGAUGUUUACUCAGGUCCUCCAGUGGUUGCAUUUACCUGGAGACACUGGGCAAAAUGGAAUGGAUCGUACAAAGGUAACCCUCCCUCGGGGAAAACUUUGGAAAUGUUUGGCGCUGCAGUUGUUCGAGUUAAUCAGAAAAUGCAAAUUGAAGAUCUAGAUGUCUACUAUGAUCCAAAUCAAAUUUUGGUACCAUUAAAUAAUUUAAAGGGUUCCUGUAACACAUCCAGUUAA